GCCGUUUCGUUUAUUCCCUCCAUCUCCUGGUCAGCAGCUGCAGCGCUCCCGGCUCAUUCUCCGGACCGCCCCACAGCGCAGCAGAGCCUUCGAGGGCUCGCCCAGGAGCCAGGCGGCCCCGGGGCCCCUGCUGCCCGCGCCCUCUCGGGGGCCGCCUGCCACCAUGUCCAUGGCAGUGGAGACCCUGGGCUACUUCAUGGGCGCGCUGGGGCUGCUGAUGCUGGGGGUGACCCUGCCGCACAGCCAGUGGCGGGUGUCCACCGUGCACGGGAACGUCAUCACCACCAGCACCAUCUUCGAGAACCUCUGGUACAGCUGUGCCACGGACUCCACGGGCGUGUACAACUGCCGAGAAUUCCCGUCCAUGCUGGCGCUGUCCGGGUACCUCCAGGCCAGCCGGGCGCUCAUGAUCACCGCCAUCCUCCUGGGCUUCCUGGGCCUCCUCCUCGGCGUGCCGGGCCUGCGCUGCACCACCGUGGGGAGUGUGGUGCUCUCCAGGAAGGCCAAGCUGGCGGCCACGGCCGGGGUUCUCCACAUCCUGUCUGGUUUCUGCGGGAUGGUGGCCAUCUCCUGGUACGCCUUCAACAUCACCCGGGAAUUCUUUGACCCCUUGUACCCCGGAACCAAGUACGAGCUGGGCCCGGCCCUCUACCUGGGCUGGAGCGCCUCGCUGCUGUCCAUCCUGGGUGGCCUCUGUCUUGGGGUCAACUGCUGCUGCGCCCCGGAGGACGAGGCGGCCCCUGCCAGGACCUGGCUGCCCUACAAGGCCCCCACCAGGCCCAGCGCCAGCGUCAACACCCAUCUGCGGCCCGCGGCUUCUGAUGACAACGUGGACAUCAGCUUCGGAAAAUAUGGGAAAAACGCGUACGUCUAGCAGCCUGGCCCAUGGACCCCGUCGUCUUCCCACGCCACUGUCCAGGGGCCGCUGGGGGCUCGGACAGCCAGGCUGGGCGGGGCUCAGGCCUGGGCCACCAGUCAGAGCCACAGGGGCGCCCUGGCCCCGCCCACAUCUGGAGGCCACGCCCAGCACCCAGAGGCCACGCCUCCUCCACCUAGUCCUGGUCCGAGAAUGCACCUCCUGAGAACUCAGCCCAGAUUUCCUGGAGCGGACAGCCAGUCCCCCCGACUUCUGGACCCGGGCUCUGGGCAGUAAGGAGCUGCAGUAUCCCGUGUUAGGAGUCUGUAUC